AUGGAGCGGAGGAACCAUAGUUGGAGAGUGCAUGAGUUUGUGUUGCUGGGUUUCCCAGCUCCUGUGCCACUGAGGGCCCUGAUGUUUGCCCUUUCUCUACUGGCCUAUGUGCUGGUGCUGACUGAGAACAUGCUUAUCAUUAUGACCAUCAGGAACCAUUCAACCCUCCACAAACCCAUGUAUUUUUUUCUGGCUAAUAUGUCCUUCCUGGAGAUAUGGUAUGUCACUGUCACUAUCCCAAAGAUGCUUGCUGGUUUUGUUGUGCUCAAAGAAGAUCAUGGACAGCUAAUCUCCUUUGAAGGCUGCAUGACACAGCUUUACUUUUUCCUGGGCUUGGGCUGCACUGAGUGCGUUCUUCUUGCUGUCAUGGCCUAUGAUCGCUAUGUGGCCAUCUGCCAUCCUCUUCAGUAUCCUGUCAUUGUCAGUGACCAGCUAUGUGUUCAGCUGGCAGCUGGUUCCUGGGCUGGGGGUUUUGGCAUUUCAAUGGUCAAAGUUUUUCUCAUUUCUCGCCUCUCUUACUGUGGCCCGAACAUCAUCAAUCAUUUUUUCUGUGAUGUGUCUCCAUUGCUCAAUCUCUCUUGCACUGACAUGUCCACUGCAGAGCUUACAGACUUUGUCCUGGCCAUUUUUAUCCUUCUGGGACCACUCUCUGUCACUGGAGCCUCCUACGUCGCCAUUGCUGGUGCUGUGUUGCGCAUCCCCUCAGCUGCUGGACGCCACAAAGCCUUUUCCACCUGUGCCUCUCACCUUACUGUAGUGGUCAUCUUCUAUGCAGCAAGUAUCUUCAUCUAUGCCCGGCCAAAGGCACUCUCAGCUUUUGACACCAACAAGCUGGUUUCUGUACUCUAUGCUGUCAUUGUUCCAUUGCUCAACCCCAUCAUUUACUGCUUACGCAAUCAAGAGGUCAAGAGAGCCUUGCGCCAUACUUUGCACUUGUACCAAGGUCAGGAUGCCAACCCCAGGAAAGCUGGUAGAGACAGGUAG